AUGUCACUUGCAUCGAGAAACGCAGUCGAAACGCUCAAGCAGAUACGCAAAGACCAUGAAAAGAAAUGUGGAUUGACGAGAAAUUUUUCCGAAGCUGUCCUCAAUGAGGUCGAGCAAAGUUCAAAGAUUGAAUUUACAAGGAUCAAUACUGUCCCGACCAAUUUGAAUCGAAGAAUGUCUAGGAGUCACGGAGAUUUACAGCAACAGCUUCAGGCUUUUAAAGGGCUUGAUCUUCCCGGUACAUCUUCUGACACGAUGAAUCUUCCCCAGAAACAAGGUGGUUUUCUUUCAACGAUAUCAUCCUGGUUUACGCCUUCUAAAUGA